CCCGUUCUCGCAGCGCAAAUCUUUGGCCAAUGCUAGCGGUGGUGAAUCGAAGCUCGGCACCCUUGCAUCGCCACCGUACACUGAGGGAACCGGAUCGGCGAUGGAUACAUACAUGCAAACCAACGGUUCUAAUCCUUCCUCUCCGUUGCCCGUGCUUCGGAAAGCUCAGCACGACACCGGCACCACGACACAAGAUGAUACUCAGUACAAACAUCUGCAUGGAAACACUAGUCCAAUUGUUCUUCAGCGAUUCUACCACCAGCAGAAUCAACUGUAUGAGCAACAGCGCGAAGCACAGCAGAAGCAACACCCGCACGCACCUCAGACGGCAAUCUACAUUUCGCACGGCAACAACUCGAUCGUGAACAUUGCCGGAGCAGGGGCCACGACCGCGGCGCCAGAUGGUUCCUCACCACACAUGAUACGCUUUAGUCCACUACCUGCCCAUCGCACUGUUCACCACGGGGUACACCCGAUCGUACCGUCGGCCACGGUUACGAAUUCCGCGCUCUAUCGGGAUGUGGUCGCUACGUCGUCACCACCAUUACACUCGGGCAUACCGAUUUACCAGCAGCAGCUGCAGCAAGGGCAACACCACCCUGCCGGAACGGAGCAAAGUCCAGCAAAGCAACGGGCAUCCGCGGGCGGCUUGUCCUCUUCCGGGGGCUCCUUUUUCAGCACCAUUAGCCGUGGUAUGAAAAGUGCCGGUCGCAGUGACAAGGUGAUCGAUCGCAGCGGUGGUGCUGGAAAUGGCGGAACGGGAGCAGCGGUAAUAGCAGGCACGACCGGCAGCAACGCGAUGCUUGGUGUGUCGCCGGCCACCGAGCGUACGCUCUACGGGACGACCAAUCAACCGAUCUACGCCACUGGUCACCAUGGUAACCCUGGUACGCUCACCGAAGGUCUAAAGGAUGAAACAGGCUGGUUUAAUUCCUUUGCAGAUCGAGCGAAGCGGCACUUUCAUUCGUUCGUCAAGCUGAACCUUAGCAACAGCGUAGGGGCUGCCGGUGGGAGUGGGCCGGCGGCCAGUGAUAAGCGAAUGUUUAAGGAGAAACACCACUACCAGUCACAGCUUGCAGCGUACCCGCAGCCCGCGUUCGAUGGACCUGCCUCCGGUCUUCCCGCUACCUCUGGUGCGAUGGGCGUAGGUGGUGGGGGUGCGUAUGGGACCGUGGGUCCAUUUGCUGGGGGCUACACGGUGCAGCCUCCGUCUGCGAUUCCCACGGCGAUCGGGCAAGCUGCUCCUUCAUCGUUAGCUCACCAUCAUGUGCUCAGCGGUGCAGCGGCCAGUGCCGCUGAUCGGCGUCACCGUAGUCCUGAUCCACCGCCAAGGUUCAAUCGAGGUCAGUCGCCACUGCUGCUUCAACGCAAGCUCGAACAGCUGGGUCACACGGGUUCACCGUUGCUGAAUCGUAGACCGUUCACCUCAACGUCCCCCUCCCCGCCGCUACCGCCUAGAAGGGGCUCCGAAAGUGUGCCAGGCUCACCGCAGCAUUUGCGGACGCGCAUCAACUACACUCCGGAGCCGCACCGGCGACCGUACCGUACCACGAUAGACCAAUGAGUGGGACUGCAGAUAUUGGUCAUGUGAUCCAUGUACAGCUUCCUGGCCGAUUAGUGAACAAACGGGCACGCGCGCUCGGUCUGUCGUGUGAAAAGUGGCGUUCUGCUUGGCCUAACUCGCAGUAGUGAUGCGGCUGCUUCCCGUUACAGUAGUUGUUGAUCCGUGCCGCUGCUUCCGCUGUUUUCCUAUAUUCUCUCUUCACGAUUUCUCUCUCUCUCUUUCUCUCUCCCUGCUUAAAAUCAACCUGUUGUCCAGGGGCAGAGGGAUUGUAAUUGUUGCCCCAGGAACGAAAAGUCAAUGUUCAUGCAAUCAUGUAUUCAGCAAACGCCUUUUCGCUAGAAAGGAUUCAGAGCGGACGGCGGCAAUUGUGGAAUGAAGAAAAGGUACACAAUAGCCCACAAGCUACAAAUGCACUCGAAACUAUGGAACUAAAAAAACAAAUCGAACACUUAAAAUCGAAUCGAAUCGAAAUGAAACGACCAGAUAAACCUUUCAAAGGGCAACGCGACGAGACAGGAGACAGGAUACGAUUUGCUGUUUAAGGAAAGUGGCAUUAGGGCGCAAAUACUGUACCCGUACCGCUAGGAGAAAGUGCGAGACGAGCAAACGAAAGCAAAAAACAAAAAGAUAACAAAACGAACCCGCGCUCACCCUCCACCCUUUAGCUUACCUUCUUUUUUUUUGUACUUUUCCCCGGGCUGCUCGCGCGUUGCUCGUGUCUGGAACACCAUAUAACCAUACAUUGUGAUCGUAGUUGGCGGUGGUAGUAGGCCCCAGUUAGCUAGGAUAGGUAGACAAGUCGCAGACAACAUCUUCGUUCGCUCGUUAAGGCGAAGGUGAUGCUGUCGAUAUAGCUUUGCUCAUUUUUUUUUGUUUUUAUGGUUGGCCCCUUUGUGCAGGGGCGUGCGUGCUGAAAGUGAAAAUACCUCAAAAUCAAAAACAACAACCCGUAAACCGUGUCGGUCGUUGGAUGCAUAAUCGAUCUGCUGCUAAUGUGUGUUUUUGUGUGUUUGUGUGAGUGUGCUGCUAGCCAUUGAGCUUGAAUGAGCGUUUUUCCUUAUUAUUUCCUUUUCCCUUUUUUUUUCGCCUUUGAUUUUGCGCUACGCGGCCUCCAAUCCCGUGGCCUGCUUUGGCCUGAAGGGCUCUCUUUGGCCUUGUUUGUGAUGAUUUCGCUUUAACUCAGUACGUGAUUUGCGUUUUCGGUUGCCAGGGUUAAGUGGGCAUUGCCUUGCCCAUUAGCCAGCCCUCUUUUGGUCAGACCCAUCCACAUCCCCAUUGGCCGACCCGUCGUCAUGGCGCGAUGACUGGAUACGUUUUGGAGGGAGCGGUUUAUGUUAUAAAAAGACAAAUGAAACAUGAUACCCCCGUUAUUAUUCCGCUGGAACAUUUGACAAAGACGGAAAACGACGACAUACUUCACACACAUGUGGCCUCACCCUACACGUUCAUUUGCGUCCGCUCGCUAACUGUGGCUUGCUAGGAUGCCUUCGUUUGGUGCUCCGGCAACCGGCUACCGAAUGGCUCGAGCAGAGUCCACUUCUUCUUUCUGCCAGUUGCGCAAGCUGAACAGUAAUGCCCUGCAGCCUCGAGGGAGGACUUGAAUGUUAUCAUGUGUGUGUGUUUGUGUGUUGUAACGAAAACGAAAAUGUGGGAAUGGGUGAACCACGAAAAAAUAGUCAUUUACUAUUAUUAUUAUUAUUAUUCUAUUAUAUUAUAUAUACUAUUAUAUUAUAUUAACAUAUUGAAAACAAAAACGAACCUUAUAAAAACGCAAAACAGAGGGAGGGAAAUCCUGACAAAUGAUUGUAUGACAAAUGAUACAAAUGGUGGAAUGGAGAUUGGAAUAUACGCUCUUCGCCGCCGGAGGAAGGUGGACGAUUAAUUUAUGGAAAAAGAAAUACAAAAAAACGAACGCAAAAAUGCAGAAACGGAUGGAAAGGGAAGUGAUGUGAGGAAGAUCCAACCAAAGCCACUCUCCCCGCAACGCGAAACGAAAUGUGAACGAAAAAUCGCAAAACCAACUGUAUAAUGGUGAGAAAGUAGGAAAUAAACGAUGCGAUGAGUGUGUCGUCGAUUGAA